AAUUCCAUCUUCAAUCAGAACCAGUGGUAGUCAUCAUACAUACAUCGUCACUCUUAUCUGAAUCCAGAUGGGUUUUCAGUUUUCUCCUUUAACUCCCUCUGCCUCGGUCUCUCAUUCAACAAAACCCAUCAUGUCUUAAGAAUCUCUUCCUCUCUCUCUGUCUAUCUUUGCUCUAAGAAAUGGAGGGUGCCAUAUUCCCAAACAGGCCUGUUUAUCGUAUCCCCACACAUAGACCACCACAACCAGCGCCAACAGUGAAAUUCAGCACUCUAACACUGCCACUUCCUCCGCAAUCACCGUCUUCUCCCUCAUUUGAAUCCCUCCUGCAACAACUACUUCACCUGUCUUCAUCCACCAAUACCACCACUGCCCAUAAACCCAAAACCAUAAACCAAUCUCACCAAAGCAUCUCCCAAUUCCCUUCUCUUCGAGUUUCCGUUGACCCUAGCUGGAAGCAUCAGCAAGAAGUCCAUCCCCGAACGCCUACUUCUGUGGUUGUAGUUCCGGAGUUCGAUGCUGAGAAAGAAGAGGGCAAACCUUGUAAUGGGUCUUUUGGAUUUUUGUCGAUGAAGUGUAAGUUCCUUCUCAAUUCAAUUCUUGAACAACCCUUACAUAGCUUGAGUAGUUUCUUUGAUUCUGCCAAGUUAGAGCUGCUUGACGCGGAUAUGACUGGCCUCUUGAAAGCAUUAGACCUAUCAGGCAAUUGGGAUAGAGCACUUUUGUUGUUUGAAUGGGCAGUACUGAAUUUGAGCUCCGAAAAUGUGAAGUUAGAUAAGGAGUUGAUUGAAUCGAUUGUUAGGAUUCUUGGUAGAGAGUCGCAGCAUUCGAUUGCAUCAAAGCUGUUCGAUGUAAUUCCCCUUGAGGAAUACACACUUGAUGUUCGAGCUUACACGACUAUUCUCCAUGCAUAUUCUCGCACUGGUAGGUAUGAGCGAGCCAUUGCCAUAUUUCAAAGAGUGAAAGAAAUAGGCCUGAGCCCAACUUUGGUCACAUAUAAUGUAAUGCUUGAUGUUUAUGGAAAAAUGGGUUGCUCUUGGAAUAAAAUCUUAGGCAUUUUGGAUGAGAUGCAGAGCAGAGGACUUGAAUUUGAUGAGUUUACUUGCAGUACUGUGAUAUCAGCUGGUGGAAGAGAGGGUUUGCUUAAAGAAGCAAAAGACUUCUUUACCGACUUGAAAUCACGUGGUUAUAAACCAGGAACUGUUGCUUAUAAUGCUUUGCUACAAGUGUUUGGGAAGGCAGGGAAUUAUUCUGAGGCCUUGAGCAUCUUGAAAGAAAUGGAGGAAAAUAACUGCCCACCGGACUCGGUGACUUACAAUGAGCUUGUGGCAGCUUAUGUGAGGGCAGGGUUCUAUGAGGAAGGAGCGUCUGUCAUAGAGACAAUGGCUCAAAAAGGAGUGACGCCGAAUGCUGUUACAUAUACUACAAUCAUAAAUGCUUAUGGCAGAGCAGGGAACCAGGACAAGGCUUUGAGGUUGUUUGACCAGAUGAAAGAGGCAGGUUGUGUUCCCAAUGUGUGUACAUACAAUACUGUCCUUGGGAUGCUAGGCAGGAAGUCAAGAUCAGAGGAGAUGAUGAAGAUACUCAGUGAAAUGAAAACAAAUGGAUGUGCCCCUAAUCGUAUUACAUGGAACACAAUGCUUGUCAUGUGUGGUAAUGAGGGUACACAGGAGUAUGUGAAGCAGGUUUGCCGAGAAAUGAGAAGUUGCGGUUUUGAGCCUGAUAGAGAUACAUUUAAUACUUUGAUUAAUGCAUAUGGAAGAUGUGGCUGCGAUAUUGAUGCUGCAAAAAUGCAUGAGGAGAUGGUUAAGGCAGGUUUUACACCGUGUAUUUCGACUUACAAUGCCCUUCUUAAUGCUUUGGCUCGAAGGGGAGCUUGGAAAGCAGCAGAAUCUCUUAUUUUAGACAUGAAGAAUAAGGGCUUCAGACCUAAUGAGGCCUCAUAUUCUUUGAUGCUCCAUUCUUAUGCAAAAGGAGGCCAAUUGAGAGGGAUACGGAACAUCGAGAAGGAAAUUGAUAAAGGUCAUAUAUUUCCUAGUUGGAUGUUGUUGAGAACUCUUGUGCUUGUGAACUUCAAAUGCAAAUCCUUGAGGGGGAUGGACAGGGCAUUUCAAGCUCUGCAAAAGCAUGGAUAUAAACCUGAUUUGGUCUUAUUCAACUCCAUGCUUUCUAUUUAUGCAAAAAACAAUUCUUACGACCGGGCCCAUGAGAUGCUUCAGUUAAUUCAUGAAAGUGGAUUGCAUCCAGAUCUCGUCACUUAUAACAGUUUGAUGGACAUGUAUGCGAGAGCAGGAGAGUGUUGGAAAGGUGAAGAAAUUCUCAAGGGAGUGCUGAAAUCUGGUGGAAGACCCGACCUUGUCUCAUAUAACACUGUCAUCAAAGGGUUCUGCAGGCAGGGCCUGAUGCAAGAGGCUAUAAGGGUUCUCACUGAGAUGACGAAAGGAGGGAUCCGCCCUUGCCUUUUUACCUACAAUACUUUUCUGACAGGCUAUGCAGGGCUGGGAAUGCUUUCAGAAAUGGAUGAGGUGAUUCAGUAUAUGAUUGAGAACAAUUGCAGACCUAAUGAAUUAACAUACAAGAUAGUGGUGGAUGGCUAUUGCAAAGCCAGAAAGUAUAAAGAAGCCAUGGAUUUCGUAUUAAAUAUCAAGGAGGUAGAUAGGUCUUUUAGUGAUACAUCUGUGCAAAGACUUACUUCCCGUGUUCAGAAUAAUCUGCAGUCGUGAAGUUGAGACCUCUUACACUUGAAAGCGAUUUCAUAUAUUUAUAUUGAAAACUUGGAGAUGAUUGAUUUUGACAAACAUUACACACCACUUGAAUGGCCUUGGUGUGAUUUUUGCUGGUAAGCACCACCCUGUUAUAUUUUAUGUUGGUUAGUUACAUGUGCAUAUGAUGUUGUUUCUUGAUCUUCAAACUUUUCCCUGCUUCUGAUAAUACAACGUAGGCAUGUGAUGGGAUGCUGCUGCUUAUCGUUUCUGUUACUUCUGGUUUUUUUUUCUCCUAAUUUUUGUGUGUUGGAAUCUAAGAAAAUAGUACGGGAAAUCUCUCUCCUUUACUUGUAAUGGAUACGCAUGCUGAUACCAUGAUGAUUCCUUUGCUGGUUAUUUUUGAAGUACUGCCAUGCAUUUUAUCCCAAAAAUUUCAGUUUUUGGUGCAUCAACAUCUGUAAGGCGGAGGAAGAAACGGUUCCUCACCUUCUGCUGCAUUGCUCCCUGGACGUCAAAAGUUUGGGGUACUUGCUGGCUAAUUUGGAAGGAGCAGAAUGCUAGCAUUUUCGACUAUAAGGAGAGUUCGAUUGGGAUGUUCUUGCAUAGAUGGCUUUCUGUUCUAAUGUUAUGAUUGAAUGGAAUAUGUGCUAAUUUUUUUUGAUUGUAUUAAAUCCAUGUAAUCCUUGUAUUCUAAGCCUUUUAGGUUGAUAUUCCAUUUAAUCCUUGUAUUAAAUCGAUUUUUCCAAUCUAAAUUCCUGCUAGUAAUAAAGCA